AUGAAAACCUCUCUUACAGUUGUUGCAGCUCUCUUUGCUUCACUCAUCUCCCUCUCCACCUAGUCAUCAAUCAACUACAGAAUGCCAAAUGAAUUCUCUCUUAUGGCUUUCAUCCAUGAAGUUGAUUCAAAUGGUGCAUUGAACAUCUUGGUUGAUAACUAACCUAUUUUCACAUUGAAAAUGAGUGCAAAGUUGAACAUGCAAUACACAGCUUCUGGAGUAAUGAUUAAUUAAAAACUGCACAAUAACAUAGUCAACGUUGAUAACAAAAACACCAUGAAGGGCACAGAAUACAGAAGCGACGGAGAUGCUUGCUAUAGAGAUUUCACUCUUGAUUCAACUAUUGAGGACUCUACCCUAUCUAUUCAGGAUAUGAUUAAUCAAAUCAACAAUCCAUCAACUAAGCAAGGAAUCGUUGACCUCGGCUCUAAAAACCCAUCAUGGAACAAAGUUGGAAAGUUCCAAGUUUUCGGAUUCUUUGAGGACAAUAAGCUAGCUAGAGAAGUCUACUAUCAAGUUGAUACAGGUCUACCCAGAUACUCAGUAAGCUACCAAAGUUCUCCUACCAUUGUUAUCGAUUACGGCAUCACCAUUGAAACUAACAAUAAUCUCGCUUCAACUGACUUCGUUGUUCUCGAAUGCCAAAAGUCAUCCUCAUUAGCUGCCAAGUUCCUUCACUGA